AUGAAGAUUCACAGCUACAGCCUGCCGGAACUAUUUUGCUCAUAUGAGUUAGAUGCUUCGAGAGAAUCUCAAUUCGACCUGAUCUACAUGGUCAAUCGCGUUCGCAGUCGAUUUUCACCAAUUGAUGGCUACCUCAUAUUCUCCCAAAAUACAGUCUACUCUACGAACAUCGACAGGCAGAGUGUGUACAUUCUGAUGAUUUAUCUGACGAGCAUGUUUUCUGACGCUGAAAACGGUUUCAUCGAUCUUGGAUUUGAUACUUUCUUCCUUCCAACAAAAAAUUCAAGGCAAGAGAUAUUCGUUUAUCACAGACAAGCCCAUUUUUGUGUCUUUCUGAUGGGUAAUUCCGACCAGAGUUUCCCUUUGAACGAGGUGAAAAGCUUUCUGGACAAAAAUCUACCUUUGAAGAGGGAAGAACAGAAUAAGCUCGAACACCAAAACGCAGCUUCUAAAGAAGCUUUUCACUACUAUAUUUGCGACGAGCAAAAUGGAAAUUCCAAAGAUACUUUUUACUCUUUCAGUGGCAGUGAGCGACAAUGUAGGAUACACCCAUCAGUGAGUUCUUUGAUUGUCGCUUUUCAACAAAUUUAUCUGAUGCCGAACGGUGGAGAAGUAUCUGCAGAAACAUCUGAUAAUACAUGGAUACUCACCAAGUCAGACAACAAAAAAAUGAGUGUAUUUGUGGAGAAAAAGCCCUCGGAGAAGAAUCUGUCUGAUAUAACUACCGAUGUGGAUAAGAUCUUGGCGUCGGUGCAACCGGGAAUCUCAUUUGAAACUGAACUUUUGAGAAAAAAAUGA